AUGCCAAAUUGUCCCAACUGCGGCAAGCCUGUCUACUUCGCCGAGCGGAAAACGUCGCUUGGCAAAGAUUGGCAUGUUUUCUGCCUCAAGUGUGCGAAUUGCAAGAAGACCUUGAACCCGGGGCAGCACGCAGAGCAUGACGGCAAGCCGUAUUGUCAUCACCCGUGCUACGGGGCCCUCUUUGGCCCAGGAGGUCAGUCUUAA